AUGGCAUCAGCAUACAACAUCGAGGAUCAGGACGAGGACACGCUUGACAGUCAAAAUCGCUACCUGGCUGAAAAUUUGUCGGGGAAAAUUGCCUUCGAGAUUGAAACGGAAGCGAAAGAGCACCACACACUCCUGGACGGGAUCUCAAUGGACUUCGAGUCUGGUACUGGUUUACUCAACGGCAGCAUGAAUAGAAUUAACAAAAUGAUGAGCGGCGGUCGCAGCAAUCGAAAGGCUAUGUUCUGCGUCGCAGGCCUCGCGAUCACAGUGUUUUUGGUCUUCUACUUUGGCUCCUCUGCGAUGUUCAAUGCACCCGAGUGA